GUUUACUUUUUACCUGUUUAGCGUCAACACAAGUUAUAUUUAUUAAUUCAAGCAAAAUGAAGUUUCUUAUACUGUUUAUCUUGCUGAUAGCUGCCGUGUCUGCAGUGCCUCAGUUUGGAUUUGGACGUCCUCGCUUCGGUGGUGGAUUCCGCAAGGGUGGAUUCCGUAGGGGCGGUGGCGGUGGUGGUGGCUCCUCCUCUGCCUCAGCUUCGGCCAGUGCAUCGGCAGCUGGCAAUGGUGCAUCUUCAGCUGCUGCCUCUGCGUCUGCUGCCUCAGGUGGAGGUCGUUUCCGUGGCUAAAAGGUUGAAAAUACCAAAGCGUUUAUUGCGUUAUUCUUAAAUUAAAAUUUAAACAAUUAAAACCAAAUCCUACAAAUUACAAAAAUACUCAAUCUUAAAGAAUAAAAAGGUUUAAUAUGUUCGUAAAAUAAGAUAUGCGGUGUUUUUCAUUAAAUUUAAAGUGCGUAACAAGAUGUAUCGCAACUACCAUAAUUAA